CUUAGAAGUAGCACAGAAGCCGCCAGGGGACAAGUUUAUACUAGUACCCCGUGACGUAGCUUGUACAGGAUCAGACAUAUCCAAUAAUGUUCAUUUAUUUUGUCCCUGUCUCACCUCCUUCCUCACUCAUUUUUGCCACAGUGCCUCAUAAUGGCAGCACCAACUUAACAGGGCCUUCAAAAGAUUGAUCAUCGUCUUCUGCCUCACCAAUUUCUGAAAGCAAUUUAACAAAGACAUGAAAAACCAAUUAUCUUCCAGCGAUGAAGACGAUGAGUACCCACCAAUGCUGUAUUGCUGGUGGAGAUCAGCUGCCAAGUUUGAAGAAUGUUCUAGAAUCAAUGUUGGUCUCCCCAAUAUUGCAAACCUCACUCCAAGACUAAGAGUUCUUAGAGAGCUGGAAAGAUUGGCUUUGAUUGCACAUGAAGGACUCAAUGAACUUCGUUAUAAGUUACAAAUCUAUCGCUCUGGUGAUUUCUGGGUACCCACCGGAGGUAUCAAGAGGGAAGAGAUGGACAUUCCUCCAGUAAUCACAAUUCUCUUGGUGGGUUUCUCUGCUUCCGGCAAGAGCUCGCUUGUGAACUUAAUGUAUAGUGUUCUUGGUCGAACUGGACUCGUGCCUUUUGCUCAGACAUCAUCUGGAAGUUGUAAGAACUACAAGACCAUGUACAUGGAAGAGCACAAUGUUUUGAGAUCACAGCAAAGUGGGUUUUGCGUGUAUGAUUCGAUGGGAUUUAGCUAUGAUAAAAUGGGAGAAGCCCUCGAGGAAUUGUCGAGUUGGAUGAUCGAUGGGGUGCAUCAUAACCAGCCAUGCUUGAGAUCAGAGGAUUAUACUUUGCUCAAAGACGAUGCAGGAUCCUCAGCUUCAAGAUCGUCUUCCAAGUUCGUGCAGAGGAGAGUGAAUUGUGCUAUGGUGGUGGUUGAUAUAGCUGAAGUUUAUAAAGCUCUAAAAGCCGGUGAUUCCCAGCCGUUAGAGGCUACAAGAGAGCUUUUCUGCUCCCCUGCUUUGAGAAACUGCAAUGAGAACCCCAUUUUGACGUUGACGCAUGGAGACUUGUUGACAACAGAGGAAAGGAUCGAGGCCAGGCUCAAACUAUGCGAAAGCUUGGGCAUAUCGGAGACUAAUGGAGUUUAUGACGUAGUUUGUCUCACUGAGUAUGGAUUUCUAGCAGACGAAUCAGAUCCUGUUACAGCCUAUGCUGUAGCUGAAGCAGUGUACAGGGCAUUGCUCAUCUCAGACAGGGGACACUUUCCAAAGAAAAAUUUCAAGGACUGGGCAGUGUUCAUAUUGUCAUGGCUAAUGACCUUCAUGGGUAUUCUCUUCGCUUUCCUUGCUGAAAUUUGCACUACUCUCGGACAGAAGAAAAAAUUGAAGCAUUAAUAAGGAAGGGAACUCAGAUUUUCUGCAAUAUCACCAGUAACACUAAUGUCUGUAGAGAUCCUGACAUUUUAGUUAGGCUUAGGCUGUUAGGCUAACUCUAGCCUCCAUGUCAAAUGGUAAGCUAUUAGUAUUUUGGAAGAAUUAUUAUUUGGGCUUUGUAUUUUUAAGAAAUUCAUCAGUUAAUUUCUAAGUUCAAUUAAAAUGUAUCUCACUAAUCCUUCCAUUAUAAUUUUUUUAAACUAAUCGUUGAUGGUCAA